AUGGGUAUUCCUAAAUUUUUUCGCUUCAUCUCAGAAAGAUGGCCUCUUAUUUCGCAGCUAGUUAAUAAUAACCAAAUUGCAGAGUUUGAUAAUCUGUAUUUGGAUAUGAAUUCGAUUAUCCAUAAUUGCACUCAUAAAAAUGGUGAUGCAACGUUUCAACUAACUGAAGAACAAAUGUUUGCUCAGAUUUUUAAUUAUAUUGAGCAUUUGUUUACUCUUAUAAAGCCUAAAAAGCUUUUUUAUAUGGCAAUCGAUGGUGUUGCUCCUCGUGCUAAGAUGAAUCAGCAACGUUCACGUCGUUUUCGAAGUGCACUCGAUGCAGAACAUCAACGUGAGAAGGCUCUUGAAAAAGGACUUGAGGUUCCAAAAGAUCCGUUUGAUUCUAAUGCCAUUACACCUGGAACAGAAUUUAUGGCUAAACUUUCAGUUCAUCUGAAAUAUUUCAUUCACAAAAAGGUUUCUACCGAUUCUUCCUGGCAAAAUAUUGAGAUUAUUCUUUCUGGUCAUGAAGUUCCUGGCGAAGGUGAACACAAAAUCAUGUCUCACAUUCGCAUUGCCAAAUCUCAACCUGACUAUGAACCAAAUCUUCGUCAUUGUUUGUACGGUCUCGAUGCAGAUUUAAUUAUGCUUGGUCUAUUGACACAUGAUACUCACUUUGCUAUUUUGCGUGAAGAAGUCCUUUUCUUACCUUCACACAAUAAACAGAAGGAGCUUGCUGAGCAAAACUUUUACUUGCUACAUCUUUCACUUGUUCGUGAAUAUUUGGAACUUGAGUUUGAUGGCAUUGAAGAAGAGAUGAAAUUUACAUAUAACUUUGAGCGCAUAUUAGACGACUUUAUCUUACUCAAUUUUUUUAUUGGUAAUGAUUUUUUGCCGGAACUUCCAUCGUUGUUGAUCAACGAUGGUGCUCUUCCAUUUGUUAUUAAGUCUUACAGCAAUUACCUUAAAGAGGGUAAGGACUACAUCACUAAAAAUGGUAUUAUUAAUUUCAACAACCUUGCCGACUGGAUUGAAAAGUUAUCCCUUUUUGAAUACAGAUUAUUUGAAACCGGAGCUGUUGAUCUUGAGUGGAUAAAUAAAGAUAUUGAUAGCGUUUCUAUGAAAGGAAAAGAGAAGGCUGCAAAAAGCAAAGUUCUUGAAAUGACGGAGUACCAAAAGGGCCUUAUCAAAGAUAUUAGCCAGUUUGUUCUCCAAGCCAAUUCUACUUUAAAGCCUGAUCCUGAGAGUGAAUCUUUACCUUCAAUGACAUUGGAUGAAGAUGAAUAUGACGAAAUUGACGAUGAUGAUAUUGCUGUUCUUCGAGAAUUUUGUUCAAAAACAUAUAUUAGAGUUGUUGUCGAUCAAGGACGUAUUUCGCUUGUUUUAGAUGUUGAUGGUAUUCCAGAUAAUGAGACCGAUAGGGAUCGAAGUGAACGACUUCUCAAUGUCAAUAAAAUCAUUCGUGUUUAUAUCAACGCUAAAACAAUUUCAGCACACGAGGAAGUUGAAAAUCGAGAGGAAAUUUACGAUUCCAAGUUUAUUGAAUGGAAAAAUGAAUAUUACAAUGAAAAAUUUGGAUACACUCUUCAAGAUAAUCCUGAAAAAAUUAGAGAUGUUUGCGAAAACUAUCUUGAAGGUUUACAGUGGGUUUUGCUUUACUAUUUCCGUGGUAUUGCUUCCUGGGGCUGGUAUUUUAGAUACUACUAUGCGCCCAAGAUUUCUGACAUCAAGCUUGGGUUGACUAAAGUUUUAAAAGAGGGAAAAAUUAACUUUAAUCUUGGACAUCCUUUACGCCCAUUUGAGCAGCUUAUGGCUGUUUUGCCUGAAAAAAGUAAAGCCCUUGUUCCUCCGGGUCUUAGACCAUUGAUGGUUGAGGAGAACUCACCCAUCAAGGAGUUUUAUCCAGCUAAGUUUGAACUUGACAAGAACGGCAAAAAGGCUGAUUGGGAAGCAGUUGUUAAGAUUCCAUUUGUUGAUGAAAAGCGUCUUUUGGCAGCGAUUCAUAGCCGAGAACAAUACUUGACUCCAGAGGAGAAGCAUCGAAACACAUUGGGUAACGAUUUGGAUUUUGUUUUCAACCCUCAGGUUGAUACUAUUUUCCCCUCUUCAUUGCCAGGCAUUUUCCUUGAUGUGGAGCAUGAUCAUACUAUUGAAUCUGUUUACCAUGAGCCCGCAGUUCAAGGAGGCGAGUUUCGAUAUGGUUUAUGUGAUGGAGCCAAACUUGGCGUUAAUUCACUUGCUGGUUUCCCCAGUUUAAAAACUUUGCCAUUUACGUUUGAAAUUGACAAGGGCAAAGUCAAGAUUUUCGAAAGGCCUGCUCGUCGUGAGUCUAUUAUUAUUACCAUCACAGAUCAAUAUGCUGAAAGUGAAAGCUCUGCUAUUUCUAAACGUCUUUUGGGACGAACAGUUUAUGUUGGCUGGCCUUAUCUUCGCGAGGCUAAAGUUGUUGCUCUUAGUGAUGAAUUAUUUUCUUAUAAACUUGAGCAUGGAAGGGUCUCGCAAACACCUCACCACAGCCUAAAGGAAUGGACUGGUGGUGUUGCUAGUUUCCUUGACUACUUUCAAAUCAAGGGUGUUGAUAUUGGGAAGUCCAACUUCAUUCUGCAUGUCAUGACCCUCAAGGGUUUGGAGAGGGAACCAUCUGGCGCGUAUGUCAAAAAGUAUGAGUCUGAUCCUUCGCUUGAAGUUAGAGUUCCUCUUCAGCUUGUUGUUGAAAGCGUUCAAAAUGAUGAUGAGCGAUUCAUUGAAAAGCCAGCUCAGCCGAUCGAAGAGGAAUACCCUAUUGGAAGUCAAGCUGUUUCUUUGUUAGAUGUAUGUUAUGGUCUGCCUGUUACUGUUAUAGGCUAUAAAGACGGUGCUCUUGAUGUUGAAGUUCGUGUGUUGAACCAAAAGCUGAGCCAAGUUGGGCACUUUCUCUGGAGAAAUGAGCUGCACUACCUUGAUUAUCAGCCAGGUUAUAGAUUUAGCAAGCAACUUCGCAUGCCCUCAAGCUUUAUUGGACAAUUGACGUCUAGAUAUUUUGUUUUUGUUGACGGGAAGAAGGUUGACAUUGGUCUUAAUCUCAAGUCUGAAAAUCUUCGUCAAAAGGCAUUGGGUUUCGUGAAACGUGGAGCUCAAGGAUGGGAUUAUAGUGUUUUAACAAAAAAGUUGAUUGAGGAAUAUGUCGGUACAUUUUCUCUUAUUUUUGCCAAGCUGUUGAAUAAUCAGCGCCGUGAUAUGCCUGAGCUUACCGAGUUGCUUGGUCUUGGUCCUUCUGAAGUCAAUUUCAAGGUUGAUCAAAUGAAGCAGUGGUUGAAGGAUCAUGUUUUCAACAAUCCCAACGUUCGCCUUGUUUCGUUAGAAGACGACGGGAUGGGCUUUAUGUCUGUGCAAGAGCUGGAAAAUAGAGUCAUCCAACGCAACAGUGUUAAGUACCAAUACACUGUUAACACAAUUCGAAGUGUUCCCCGUGAAGCACUUUUUGCACCCGAUUCUCCAUCGUUCAUUUUAUCCAAGCAAAAGUUUGAAAUUGGAGAUCAAGUUGUUUCUAUUUUGGAUUAUGGCAAAGUUCCACUUUUCAGCCGUGGUACCGUUAUUUCAAUUAAGAGUUAUGUUUCUCAUGUCACUUUGGAUGUGAUUUUUGACAGCGAAAUUGACUCUGGUAAUCAUUUGAACAACCGACUUAAAACCAGACGCGGCUUAACAGUAGAGUCGAGCUCUAUUUUGAAUCUGUCAAAUCCACAGCUGGCUGUUUCUCUUGAGUAUAAGGGUAACUCUCGAAACACCAAAGGUAACUUUGCCAAAAAUGGAGUAUCGGCUGUAAGUCUUCCUUCCGGACCUAAGGCUGCUCAAAAUAAUUCUGUUCGAAAUGGAAAGGCUCCUAUUACCAAGCCAGGUGUUAAACUUUCUACGCCAAAGCAGCCAAAGAGCAAUGAAAGGGGGACUCAACCUCCCAAGCCUCAGAAUGUUCCUAAGGCUGCUAAACCUACAUUUGAUACAACGGCCUUGAAUAAUGAGCUUCUUGGAUUGAUUAAGAAUAAUGCCGAAAAUGCCAAGGCAGCUAAAGAUGAUCAUGCUUCGCCCAUUGUUUCGUCUGAUGAUGUAAAUAAGGAUAUUGGUAAUGAGCUUUUGGAAAUGAUCAAGGGCCCCAAGAGUGCUAAAGGACAAUCCAAGUCGCGUGAAGCUACGCAAAACAAGGUUCGCAGUGCCAUUAUGGGACAAUUUUCUGGAGGAAGCCAGCUUCCUCCUCAGCCCAACAUAUCUAGUCAUAUUUUAUAUCCUCCUCCUCCACCACCACCUGGAGGAAUUUUCCCUCCAAUCCCUGCUGGGUUUGUUGCUCCUGGCGAAAUGCACCCAGGAUUUGUCCCCAUGGGGUACCCUCCACCACCUCCCCCUGGUGCGUACCCUAUGCACCCUAUUCCAAUGCAUCCAGAUAUGCUUCCACCUGGGCCUCCUGGAAGUUCUCCAUUUGCAGCACCGUUUGUUCCUCAGGGAAUGCCUCCUGCUCCACCUAGUAUUGGAAAUGUGCCUCAGGGAAUUCCUCAGGGACCUAGAUACGGCAACCGUGGAGGACGCGGUGGAGGCCGCGGAGGCCGCCGGUCCAUGAACCCUUUGAAUGGUGAUGGUUUGGAAGGUGGAGAUUCUCUUCCAUCACCUCCUGUUCCUCGCCGUGGAGGCCGCGGUGGUCGAGGCCGUGGUGGUCGUGGAGGCCGUGGUGGACAUCAUGUUCCCAAGGAUGAAGGUACUCCAUCUCAGACUUCUAAAGAAAUGCCCACAAAGCCCGAGACUCCUUCAGAGUAA